AUGGAUCUCUCUGGGAAACUUAUUAUCAAAGCUCAACUAGGACAUGACUUGCGACGAAUCCCAAUACAUAAUGAGGAAAUAACUUACGAUGAACUUAUUUUAAUGAUGCAACGUGUCUUCAAACAGUAUAUUACAAAGGAAGAUGAAUUAUUGGUAAAAUAUAAGGACGAAGAUGGGGACUUUAUAACGAUUGAGGAUGAAUCUGAGCUCUCCCUCGCCAUACAGUCCAGCAAGGUGCUACAGAUUAAAGUCUUUGUUGUAAACAAACCUGAGAUAUUACAAUGUACUGCUCCAUUUAAAAACAGAAAAGACGGUGAAGCUAAAAAACUCGAAUCAGGGGAUACGUUUUCUUUAGUUUAUGAACUUCAACGGCUUGGUAACCACAUCCUAAACGUAGCUGAUCGUAUUCAAAAAACGUUUUCUGCCAACAAUUCCAUGGAUAUAGCUUUCACUAACUGUAAUCGACUUGAAAUAAUAAACAAAACAGACUCAAUAUGCAACCCGGAGAGUAACAAGGAAUUCGAUCCGUUAUCUAAUGCCCGAUCUACAGAUGUUACAAUUUCUUCUCCAAAUCCACCCAUCUACUUGUCAUCAGUCAACAGUUCAGAUAACAUUUCGAAAUCAAAAUAUUGUGAAAAUUACAUGGUUUCCAAAUCAACUUUCUCAACAGCUGGAUUGUUAGACAACGAGGGGCUAAAUUCGACUAAAAAAUCUGCUGAUCACGACCCUAUAGAUCUCCAAGCACCGUUUGAGAAUAAGCUUGAUACAAUUGACAAAGUACCUACUAAAUUUAGUCAUUCUAAUGCAGAAGUGGUAGUAUCGGCGGCGCCUAAUAUUAGUUCCACACUCUCCACUACGAUACUACCGUCUCAGGGUCAACCGUUAACACCAAAUAGUCAGAUAAUAUCAUCAUUUUAUCAACAGCCUUCAGGACAUCAAAACCAUCUUCCCACCCAACCUCAAGUACAACCAUCAAUACCUAUAUCCCCUCAAAACUCAGCACAACCUAUAAUUCAUGGCAAUGAUACUCUUAGGAUGCCUAACACAUCAACUCCGAUGUUACAACAGCAUAGUACUCCGUCUUUCAGGUCUCCCGGUUUGGCAAACAUGCCACCAAAUAUGGGUCCUUAUGCUCGUCAAACUGGAACACUACCAAACACUAAUAGACCUAUGGGUAUCCUUGUAACUCCUCCAAAUCCAUCAUCUAACAUGUUUACACCUGUACUUACACCGUGCGAUCCUUCAACUGGUUUAGGGACACCACAGCGACCAAUUAUGCAGCCUCUUUCAGGUUCUCCUAGAAAUUCUACGACACAAAGUUCAAUACAGUCCACGCCCAUGAUUCCACAUGGCAUGUCAUAUCCACCCAUGUAUCCUCCUCCAGCUCAAAGUAUGAAUCCUUCGACACGUCCCACGUGUCCUCCAAUUCAAAAUACUUUUGUAUCGGGUUCCUACAAUUCAAUGCAUUCAAGUGCUGCCGUUCCCGUAACAUCACCAACUAUCUUAUCAAAAGCAUGUCCGACUCCUAAUGAGACUCAUUAUUACCCUCCAUCCUAUCCUAAUUACCAACAAUAA